AUGCCUACUGGGACAACUCAUCUGUUAUUAUCAUUAGGAAAAUCACUUGCUCAAAUCACAGCUGAGCUUGCGCCUGUGCCUGCUCUGUUCCCUUUGGUGGAUGCCCUUUGCAGUAUUAUCCAACUUUGCGAGAACGUCGCUCAUAAUCGACAUGCAGCUAGGCAACUCUGUGAUCGAUGUCACAUCUUGGUCCUCGCUAUGCGCGAAUAUCAAGAAAAGGCCGUCAGCGACAAUAUAACCCAAGCGCGAAAUGCUGUUCUUGAAAAAUUGACUGAUAUCCAGUUCAAAAUGACCGAGUGGGCAAACCUUGGCCGGGUGAAGAGCCUGCUCAAUCAGGAUAUCAUAGCAAAAGAUAUUGCCGCCUGCCAUACGCAGAUUGACGAUUGCAUCAAUAAUUUUCACCUUACUUCCCAUUUUGAGAUCCAUGAAUGGAUGGCACAAUUUCAGAAGAACCAAAGAUUAGAUCACAACGAACUUAUACAGAGUCUCAGCCAAGUUCAGGAAACUACGCAGCAAAUCGAAAUCCAGACGACUGAAAUGAACGCCAUGAUGAAGCAGAUGAUGGCGAUGCUUCAAAAGGCUAUGGGGGAAAAUCAACAAAACGCAGCAACUUUGCACAAGGGAUUAUCCACGAAUUUAUACCAUUAUCAAACCCAAUGCAAAGAGUUAUUGCCGGACAUGCAUCUUCAGUCGGGAGAAGUGAAGAAGAUAGGCAAAAAUCCUGUACGAAAAUCGUCUUCAGGUUUACUGGACAUAUACGAGGGCCUCUAUCUAGGGAGUGAGAGGGUUGACAUAAAAGUUAUCCAUUCAAUGAAUUUUGACGAGAAAAAUAAAAGGCGUUUUAGGCGGGAAGCAAAGCUAUGGGCCGAAAUAUGGAAGCGCGACCAAGGAGAGCAUAUUGUGCCCUUUUACGGGUUUUGUCAAAUGGAUGGGGAGCCACAUCCAUGUAUGAUUAGCCCGUGGCAGAAAAAUGGUGAUGCUCUGACUUAUGUGAAGGCCAACGAUCUCAGCGUUGAUUAUUUCCAAUUUGUUGGACAUAUUGUUCGCGGUCUUACUAUUCUAGUGAAUGAUAAAGGUCAACCUUUGCUGUCGGACUUUGGUGUAUCUAAGAUUAUUGAUGAUGCAUCCGAGGCCCCUCUCACUCAAAGCUCUGGAAUGCUAGAUAAAGGCAGGUACAGUGCUCCAGAGAUGUUCCAAGGCGACGGUGUUCUUUCCGCUGCGACCGACAUAUAUAGUUUAGCCAUGACUAUCUUAGAAAUCAUGACCCACAAGCAACCAUUUUCUCACAUCAAGCACCACUUAAAAGCUUCCCGAGAAGCUUAUGAAGGAAGACAUCCACCACGACCGACCGAGCCCGAAGUUUCCAGACGAGGCUUGGGCGAUGAAGUUUGGACCCUGUUGGUGGCUUCAUGGUCAUUGGUGCCUUCUAAGCGACCUUCUAUCAAUAUUUACUUGGAUUAUUUUACAAAAGGUUAA